ACUAAAGGUUCCAAAGUUCAAAUGUUCUUAUCGGGCUCCCGUUUAAGUCUAUCUUAAAUUCUCUCAUUGUCUGCGAAAAUGGACGAGAUUGAAGGAUUCCAAGUUUUAGUGAAAGCUCUCCGACAUCAUGGAGUGGAAUAUAUGUUUGGAAUCGUGGGGAUUCCCGUGGUUGAAGUGGGCAUGGCUGCUCAGUCCGAAGGCAUCCAUUACAUCGGGAUGAGAAAUGAGCAAGCCGCUGGAUAUGCGGCGCAAGCCAUUGGCUAUUUGACCCAAAGACCAGGGGUGUGUCUGACUGUCUCGGGACCAGGACUCCUUCACGCUCUAGGUGGCAUGGCAAACGCCAAAGAGAACUCGUGGCCGAUGAUCGUAGUGGGCGGGGCUUGCGACACAGAUCAAGAGGCUCUCGGGGCCUUCCAGGAAUGGCCACAAACAGAGUCUUGUCGUUUAUAUACCAAAUAUGCGGCUAGACCCACGUCUUUGCAACAAAUUCCUACCAUUGUCGAAAAGGCGUUCCGCAUGGCCACCUAUGGCCGUCCAGGUGUAACCUAUAUUGACAUGCCCGGUGACUUGCUUCGGGCUAAAAUCCUGGAGAGUGACCUGGUACUAGGACCCAAAGUCCCCAGACCGCCCACGGCUAUUCCCAUUCAAGCGGACGUGCAGAGGGCCGUUUCUUUAAUCAAAUCAGCGAAGAGACCUCUGCUCAUUUUGGGGAAAGGAGCAGCGUACAGCAAGGCGGAGACCGAAUUGGGUGAACUCAUUGAACGGACCAAUCUUCCGUUUUUGCCCACCCCAAUGGGAAAAGGUGUGGUAUCUGACCAUCAUUCCAACUCGGUGGCGCCAGCCCGUUCACUAGCCUUACUGCAAGCCGAUGUCAUUCUCUUGGUGGGGGCCAAACUCAAUUGGAUGCUUCAUUUUGGACGUGAGCCUCGUUUUGAUCCAAAGGUUCAAAUCAUUCAAAUCGACAUCUGUCCCGAGGAGUUCCAUAAUAGUCGUCAAGCUGAACUGGCCUUAUUCGGCGAUAUCAAAGCCACCACGAUUGAGUUGGUCAAGUCCUUUGGGUUUUGGCAAUUCGCCAACACAUCCGCUUGGUGGUCAAAUCUGAGGAAUAAAUGCCAAUUGAACAAAGCGGCCACCCUCGAGCUCGCCCAAGAUCAGAGUAUCCCAUUAAAUUAUUACGCCGUAUUCCAAGAAAUACAGUCCCUUUUGCCCGAGAAUGCCACCAUCGUCUCGGAAGGCGCCAAUACUAUGGAUAUUGGCCGAACCUUCCUGCAGAACCAUUUGCCACGGCAUCGCCUCGAUGCCGGCUCUUUCGGAACCAUGGGCGUGGGACUGGGUUUUGCGAUCGCUGCGGCUCUCUAUUGUCGCGAUUACGAGCCACUUUCCCGGGUGAUCUGCAUUGAAGGCGAUUCCGCCUUUGGCUUCAGUGGCAUGGAGAUGGAAACCAUCAUUCGCUAUGAAUUGCCCAUUGUGAUGGUGGUGGUCAAUAAUAAUGGCAUUUACGGGGGUUUGAAUGAGGAUCUGUUCAAGGAUAUCACGGAGGGCGAAUCGACUUCGCUCACCAUUCCACCCACUUCCUUAUUGCCCACGGUUAAAUAUGAG